GCAGCCACCAUGGUGGCUGCACACACCAUCUGCCACCACCCAUGAUGCACGCCAGCGCCACCUCAUGCAGCUGCCUCCAGCUCUUCCACCAUGGAUGACGUUACAGUGCUUGGAAAGAAAGGCUAUAGCCUCAGCGACACGUUAGGACAAGGCUCUUACAGCAAAGUGAAAUGUGCCUUCUGCAACCGGCUGAAGUGCAAAGUAGCUGUCAAGAUCAUCGACAAGAUGAAAACUCCUGGAGACUUUUGGGAAAGGUUUCUCCCCAGGGAAAUAGAGGCUUUGAGAUGUUUGCAACAUCCAUCAAUCAUCAAAACCUAUGAGAUUUUUGAGACAUCAGCUGGGAAAGUGUACAUCGUGAUGGAGCUGGGGGAAAAGGGAGACCUCCUGGACCACAUCAAGAUCACAGGAGCUAUGAGAGAGGACUUUGCUCGCAUGAAGUUUCAGCAGUUGGCUUCUGCCAUCAAGCAUUGCCAUGACUCAAACUUUGCUCACAGGGACCUGAAAUGUGAGAACAUCCUUCUUGAUGAUGGCCUCAACGUCAAGCUGACAGACUUUGGCUUUUCCAAACUCUUGUCUUGGGAUAAAAACGGGAAAAUGAUUCUCAGCAAUACCUUCUGUGGGUCUGCUGCAUAUGCAGCCCCUGAAGUGCUACAGGGCAUUCCUUGUGACCCCAGGAUUUCUGACAUGUGGAGUCUGGGCGUCAUCCUGUAUAUAAUGGUCUACGCUUCCAUGCCAUUUGAUGAUUCCAACAUCAAGAAAAUGAUUUUUUUUCAGAAACAACACAGGAUUUCCUUCCCCAGCACAAAACACCUGACUGUAGAGUGCAAGGAUCUCAUUAACCACCUGCUCCAGCCCAAUGUGUCUCAGAGAUUGUGCAUAGAUGAAGUUUUGAAACACUCAUGGCUGCAGACUCCAGAUGCCACUGUCGAGUCCCCUCUGCCAGCUCCAGAAGAGGGUGAGUGUUCCCACAACCCACAUGAAGGAAAGCCAAAGCAAAACCAUCAAGCCAAAUGCCAUUAAGCAAAAGGGAAAAGACAGAAGUAAACAGGAUCCUCCUAAGGAUGGCUGGUUUUAACAGUAUCACAAAGUCAAUCUAACUUGUGAACUGCUAAUUCUCAACUUUAGCUUCUGCUUCAGCAACAGUCCUCACCUCUUGCUUUACAAAGAAUAGCAAUAGAAGACACUGUACAUCUGCUGAAGUGAAUAAACAGCUUAACCCUA